AACAGCUGACAGCUUGUGGAAGGUGAAUGGCAACCAUUAUUCUAGGGGGAGGGGGUUGUAUUUUAGGGGUUAAAAGCUUCAUCCAUGCAGGUUAAGGAAGGAUGGAUGGAAAUACAUUGAAUGGAAGUAAAAUAAUGAAGGUUGGUGAGGAGAAGAGGAGGCUGGUGGCUGUAGAGAGGAAUGUUUCAUUACUGGAUGCAUAGAGAGCUGGCAACCAGUCACCAUACAGACUAUUUUAGGAUCCUGGUGCACCGAGGCAUCUCUCUCUCAGCAUAUCUGGGAUGUAGAUGCUGCUGAAAGCAUCAAGCAAGUUCCUACGUGAAGAUGAUAAUGUCAUGAAGAACCAGCUGGAUUGACCAUAGGAGAGAAUUAAAGACAGGCAUUAAUCUAUAGGGGCCCUAUGAAGUUGGAGUUUCGGCCUAGCUGUGAUCUUAAUUAUUGACUAACUGUAAUGGAAUUUAUUUGCUCUACAGUUCCUUGUUUAUUUUUAACUGGAAUCCAAGUUGAGGUUUUCCACUCAAUCUUUGGACUAAUAUCAAGGAUAUGUGAUGGAGGUAUUGCUUAGGCAAACAAGGAUCAACAUUACAGAUGGGUUGAUUCCGGGUUUGUGUAGAACCCUCAUUUUCAUCCGCUGCUUCCCUUUUCAACAAAACUCUUGGAACUAAAAUGGUGUGCAAGGUUUUUUCCAUUUUCUCCUAAGGAUUGAGCAGUGGGGAUGGAUAAUCCACAGAAAUCUGAUGCCUUGUUGUGGCAAAAUUCCAAAGACACCAAGGAAAAUGGUGUGUGGAAUGACAUGCUGGAGUAUGGGGUUUCCAACCCCUUGUGGACUGCUGUUUUUGACUACGAGGCUACUGCCGAAGAGGAGCUGACACUACGGAGGGGAGACCUAGUGGAAAUACUCUCCAAGGACUCUACGGUGUCAGGAGAUGAGGGUUGGUGGACGGGCAAGAUUAGAGAUAAGGUAGGCAUCUUUCCUAGUAACUAUGUAGUGAGUGACCUUAAAUAUACAACUUUGAAGGGAACCCCAACAGAAUUUCCGCGCCCUCUGAAGAUCAAGUUUGAUGAGCUAGCCUUAGAAGAGAUUAUAGGAGUGGGAGGCUUUGGGAAGGUCUACAAGGGAAUAUGGAGAGAAGAAGAGGUUGCUGUGAAGGCUGUGAGACAUGAUCCAGAUGACGACAUCAAUGUAACAUCAGAGAAUGUCAGGCAAGAGGCUAAGCUCUUCUGCAUGUUACGUCACCCCAACAUUAUAUCGCUAAAAGGCGUUUGUUUGACACCUCCUAAUCUUUGCUUGGUCAUGGAGUAUGCCAGAGGUGGACCAUUACACCGGGCCCUGGCUGGAAAGAAGGUCCCUGCGCAUGUUUUAGUAAACUGGGCAGUUCAGAUAGCCAGAGGAAUGAAUUACCUGCACAAUGAAGCCAUUGUUCCUGUCAUCCAUCGGGAUCUAAAAUCCAGCAACAUCCUGAUUUUGGAGAAGAUUGAGAAUGAUGAUUUGUUUAACAAAACUUUGAAGAUCACAGAUUUUGGGUUGGCUAGAGAGUGGCAAAAAACUACCAAGAUGAGCGCGGCUGGAACCUAUGCUUGGAUGGCUCCGGAAGUCAUCCGUCUAUCUCUAUUCUCCAAAAGCAGUGAUGUUUGGAGUUUUGGGGUACUCCUGUGGGAGCUGCUGACGGGGGAAGUUCCGUACCGGGAAAUUGAUGCCUUGGCUGUGGCAUAUGGAGUAGCCAUGAAUAAGCUAACCCUCCCCAUCCCAUCAACCUGCCCUGAGCCAUUUUCACGUAUCUUAGAAGCUUGCUGGAACCCAGACCCCCAUAGCCGGCCUUCGUUUACAUGUAUCCUGGAGCAACUGACCACCAUCGAGAAUUCUGCAAUGUUCCAGAUGCCCCUGGAAUCCUUUCACUCACUGCAAGAAGACUGGAAGUUGGAGAUCCAGCAGAUGUUUAACGAGCUUAGGACCAAAGAGAAGGAGCUUCGUAGCCGUGAGGAAGAGUUAGUUCGAGCUGCUGAGGAGCAGAGGAACCUAGAGGAGAUGUUAAAGAGAAGGGAGCAAGAGUUGGCAGAAAGGGAGAUUGACAUUGUGGAGCGAGAGUUGAACAUCAUAAUGUAUCAGAUGUACCAGGAAAAACCCAAAGUGAAGAAGCGCAAAGGAAACUUCAAAAAGAGUCGCCUCAAACUCAAGGAUGGCAACCGCAUAAGCUUACCCUCAGGUUUUGAGCACAAAAUAACUGUCCAAGCAUCUCCGACACUGGACAAAUGUAAAGGACAGGGAUCAAGUAGCUACAGUCCUCCAGGAAGUCCUCUGAUCAUUCCUAGGCUCCGAGCCAUCCGAUUAACGCCUGUGGAUUGCAGCAAGACGUGGGGGCGCAGUUCUGUCCUGAAGAAGGAGGAGGUGACGUCCAACAAAAAGAAAGGCAAAACAUGGGGACCAAGCUCCACGCAACUGAAAGAACGAGUCGGAGGAGAGGAGAGGUUAAAAGCUCUUGGAGAAGGCAGCAAGCAGUGGUCUAACAGCGCACCCAAUCUUGGAAAGUCUCCAAAACACCAACCCAUCAGCGUGGGGUUUGCCAGCCUUACAGAGAUGGAGGAAUAUGUAGAUGGAGAAGGCUCCGUUCCCCAGUCCCCAUUUUCAACACAGUCCUACCUCACACUUCCUCUCAAUUCAGACGAUAAAAACCAAGCUGAGGACACCGCAGUCUCUGCAAGUUCAUCCUUGUCAGACAGCCCAAAACGUAGCUCCCAGUCCCGCAAGAAGAGUGAAUUGUUUUUGCUGGGAUGCGCCUCCCUCUUAGCGGCAGUGGCAUUGGGAAGCGACUUAACGGAACUGGUUCCUCAGGAGGAGAAACGAAAAGGCAUCUUUCAGUGGCCAGGUAGAGGGCCUAGGAAAAGUAACAAUUCACCCAGCCGCUCCUCAUCUCGAGGAGAGGAGCCUGUGGUUCCUCCUAGCUCUGUCACUCUUCUGUCUUUGUCUUCCAUCUCUGACUGCAACUCUACUCGAUCUUUGAUCCGUUCGGACAGUGACGAGGCGGGUAUCGGGCAUAAUAACUUGCCCAGGGAAAUGGACAGGAGGGAAGAGGGUAGCUCUGGAACAAACCCACUAGUGGACUAUAAAGUGGAAAGCUUCAAGAAGGACCCACGGCAGUCACUGACUCCAACUCAUGUCACUGCUUCAAGAUCUGGCACUGAGGUUAUAAGGGGCCACAGAAGGACACCAUCUGACGGCGCUAUUCGGCAGGUGACACAGAGUCACAGGAGGUCACCUUCAGAUGGCAGCACCCCCCAGCUAUGGGACACAGGUUCCAAAAUAUCUCCGUUUCCUCGUCUCCCAGAUCCACACUCUGUAUUUCCCCCACCUACUCGACGUAAACCCCCUGAUAAGGACCUUGCUGUAGAAAGACCAACCACUCUUGAAUUUGCACCUCGCCCUCGCCCCUCAGCUAAUCGACCUCGCCUUGACCCUUGGAAAUGUGUGUCUCUUGCACGGACUCAUAGCUCGUCCCCUCCCAGUGUAGGGGAUGAUCAUUCGGAUGAUCAUUCGGGUGACACCAUGGAAGAGCAAGGCAGGGUGACUUUGCUAGACAUGGAAGUAGAGGGGCAGAGACUGGACAACACUAUACCCCUGUGUGGGGCGGGAAAAAAUGUUCCCAUUGACCACUGUAAUAAUUUGGGAUCUGAUGUAUCUUAACUGGGCAGGCUCCUGGCACAAGAGUAUUAUUGAGCAUUUUGAAGGGUGGAAAGGGGUUUUAAUGAAUGUAUUUUGUGGUUAUAACCAGACGGGUAUAAUAAGGAAUCUGAUUAAAGAUCAUAAUAACAUA